AUGGCCAUGGCACGGAUCUUGUGUCUCCUCACUGCGGUGUCGGCGGUAGAGGUGACCAAAGACACCUGGGACGAGAUGACCGCUGGCAAGUCGGUCUUCGUCAAGUUCUUUGCGCCUUGGUGCGGCCAUUGCAAGACCAUGAAGCCAGCUUGGGACAAGCUGAUGGAGGAGUACAAAGGCGACAAGGACAUCCUGGUGGCGGACGUGGACUGCAUCGGCACGGGCAAGAGCAUGUGCGACGAGGUGGGCGUUAAGGGCUUUCCGACCAUCAAGUAUGGGGACCCCCAUGCGAUGGAGGACUACAAGGGCGGCCGGGACUUUGAUGCCCUCAGCAGCUUCACCAAGGAGUCCCUUGGCCCCACCUGCGGCCCCAAGAACAUGGACCUCUGCGAUGAGGAAAAGAAGAAGCUGCUGGAGAAGUUCAUGGCUAUGCCGAUGGGCGACCUGGAGGCCAAGAUCAAGGAGCAGGAGGCUUUGUCCGAGGCCGCAGACCAGGAGCUGCAGGAGCUGCUGAAGAGUCUGCAGGCUCAGUACGAGAAGGCCACGGAGGCCAAGGAGAAGAAGCAGAAGGACAUCAAGGACGCCGGGCUGGGCAUGAUGAAGUCCGUGAAGGCAUGGAUCGGGUCGGUCUGGAAAUUUGGAUGGGAUGGGCGAUAG